AUUCCAUUGACUUACUAAAUCUUAUUUUACCCCGGAUUCUGUUUGAGGCGGAUACCUCCCAAGAGUGAUUAGGCGCCUUCCGGCUUCUCCUCUCACAGCCUAGGUGUCUUAAUAUUCCUUGUACGUCGCUUGGGUAGCAGAAAAAUCGGAUCGUCCGUCCCCCCUCUGCAGAGUCAGUCGCUAACCAGAUCCGAACUCGCAGAUUUUCUUUUCACGACACCUUGAUUGGGACUCAGGAAACGCUUUUGUCAUGGCUGAAGAUGAUGCUGAGAAGGCCUUUUUCCAGGCCCAGGCAAUGAAUGCGGACUCCGUGGACUAUAAGGCUGUUGAAGAUCAGGGCGCUAGUUCAGAUUCAGAUGAUUAUGAUCCUUCGAAAACACUUCAAGAUCAAUAUUCUGCUUCCAUUCCUGAUUCUAAACCAAGUGAAAUCGUUUCUUCAAAUGCUUCCCCUUCAGAACCAAACCCCCCUACACAGUCUAUCCCCCCUGAAACGGACCCCAGCCAGCCAGCGGACAGUGCCUACCCUUCCCAGACACCAUCCCGUGCUGACUCCCAGGCAUCAGCGUCGGCACCUGCGUCGAGUACUUCUGUACCAUUGAAGACGAGGACAAUUGGGGGCUUUGUGGUUGAGGACGAAGAUGAGGAUGACGCGGGUGAUGCGGAUUAUGAACCGCCAGCUGUACUAGGUGUCGAGGACAUGAAUACUAUAUCUAUGAAUGUGCCUCAGCAACCCAUUUCAGGAAAUGCAAAUGAAGAUACUCCUACCCCUGAUGUAUCAAUGGACGGUGCUGUGCAGGCAUCUGCCAACGCAAAGAAUUUUCCCAAUAGCUCUUAUACCCCUGCUUCUGCUGCUGCUUCUAAAAGCGAUACGCCUGCGCUGUUGAGCCAGGAUAUGUACAACUCACGUACUUUGCAGUCUGAAAAUAUGCAAGAUAGCGCUGCAGCUACACCCGCUCCUGAUUCUCCGUCGACCUCUAAGGGUCGGUUGCCUCACGAUCGCGUUGGUAUCUUGGAGGACAGGAUACAAGAAGACCCACGUGGUGACAUCCCGGCAUGGCUCGAGUUGAUUAACGAACACAGAAGCCGCAAUAGAAUUGACAGUGCACGUGAAGUAUACGAGCGCUUCUUGACGGCGUUCCCCUUCUCUGCUGAACAGUGGGUGGCAUAUGCAACCAUGGAGUCUGAACUCAACGAGUUGUAUCGCCUUGAGCAGAUAUUCAAUAGGACUCUCUUGACUAUUCCCGAUGUCCAGCUCUGGACUGUAUAUCUGGACUACGUUCGCCGGCGUAACCCUUUGACAACUGAUACUACUGGUCAAUCAAGAAGGAUUAUCUCUUCCGCCUAUGAUUUAGCACUGCAGUAUGUCGGUGUAGAUAAGGACUCCGGGUCUAUCUGGACAGAUUAUGUCCAGUUUAUACGCUCUGGUCCAGGGAACGUCGGUGGUUCUGGGUGGCAAGACCAGCAAAAAAUGGAUUUGCUGCGCAAAGCUUAUCAGAAAGCUAUCUGCGUUCCAACUCAAGCUGUCAAUAACCUUUGGAAAGAAUAUGACCAAUUCGAAAUGGGUCUAAACAAACUUACGGGGCGGAAGUUCCUUCAAGAGCAGUCACCCGCGUACAUGACGGCUCGCAGCUCUUACACAGAACUGCAAAAUAUCACAAGGGACUUGAACCGGACAACCUUACCCAGGCUACCCCCUGUUUUAGGCUCUGAUGGUGACAUUGAAUUCGGGCAACAGGUUGAUAUCUGGAAGCGCUGGAUCAAAUGGGAGAAAGGUGACCCACUUGUUCUAAAAGAGGAAGACCAGGCUGCUUUCAAGGCUCGUGUAAUUUAUGUGUAUAAGCAAGCUCUCAUGGCUCUUAGGUUUUUACCAGAGAUAUGGUUCGAAGCUGCCGAAUUUUGCUUCCUAAACGACAUGGAGAACGAGGGGAAUGAAUUUUUGAAGAACGGCAUAGAAGCUAACCCGGAGAGUUGUCUUCUUGCGUUCAAGCGUGCUGACCGACUGGAAAUCACUUCGGAGUCCGAACAAGAUCCCAUAAAGCGAGGUGCCAAGGUUAGAGAACCUUAUGACAAGCUUCUUAAUGCGCUUUACGAUUUGAUCGCCAAAGCACGCACUCGAGAAUCUCAGGAUGUCGCACGACUUGAGGAAACUUUCGCGAAAAUGAACCCGGAUACUCAGCCGGCCAAGACAGAUGAUGACGAUGACGACCAAAGUGACUCGAAGGCAAGAGAGUCGAUGAAGAACGCGCAGAUCGAAGCCCUGCGCAAUGCACAUGCAAUACAAAUCGGCAUUCUUUCCAAAACGGUCUCUUUCGCUUGGAUUGCUCUCAUGCGCGCAAUGCGUCGUAUACAAGGCAAGGGAAAACCUGGCGAAAUGCCUGGCUCAAGACAAGUGUUUGCGGACGCUCGCAAAAGAGGACGUAUCACAAGUGAUGUCUAUAUUGCAAGCGCACUCAUUGAAUAUCAUUGCUAUAAAGACCCGGCUGCAACAAAGAUCUUCGAACGGGGUGCUAAGCUAUUUCCCGAGGAUGAGAAUUUUGCACUCGAAUACUUGAAGCACUUGAUUGAUAUUAAUGAUGUCAUCAACGCUCGCGCAGUCUUCGAGAUGACAGUAAGAAAGCUAGCAUCUAACCCCGAAAAUGUGCACAAGACCAAACCCAUCUUUGCCUUCCUUCACGAGUAUGAAUCUCGAUACGGAGAUCUAGUACAGGUCAUAAAUCUGGAGAAUCGUAUGCGUGAACUGUUUCCUGAAGACCCGACGUUGGAACAGUUUGCCCAUCGAUACUCUAGCCCUGCAUUUGACCCGACAGUGGUGCGGCCGAUCAUCUCUCCCUCCCAGACAAGGCCCAAGACAGCAUUCCCAACGGAACAGCCCGUGUCUCGUCAUGGCACCCCAUCUUCGAGAUAUCCGGAUGCGUCAGUAACAAACUCACCGAAAAGACCGUUAGAAGACUUUGAUGACGAUAUGAAUCGGCCACGCAAGUUUAUUCGAGCCGACUCCCCGCUGAAAACCACCCAGAGACGACAGUUGGAUCCGCCAAAACGUACCCAACAAGCUAUCAGUAGCCAGACUGGGUCCCAAUUCCGGUCACAAGGUUCACCUGCUCCAUUGCCUCGUGACAUUGUUUAUCUGUUGAGCAUCAUUCCCUCGGCCUCAGCCUACAACGCUGGUCGGUUUUCACCGGAAAAGUUGGUCGACCUUAUCCGGAGAAUUGAUAUGCCCACCUCCAUCUCACAGAUUCCACUUCCACCAUCUGUCCGCGGGCUUGGGUUUCCUGGUGCUUAUCGCCCACAGUAAUAUACCAACGCAUAUAGGCAUGGCGCCUACUCUUGCUUGAUGAUAAUGCGCAAUAUCUGAAUAUCUUGGGUUCACAUUGCCUGGUGUCUCGCAUCGGUUUCAAUCACAUCUCAUCGGCCUGGCGUGUCUUAGAUCUGUAGUCAUUUUCCAAUGUUGCUUACAUUUGACGA